GGCGCGGUGUGUGAAGGCCAGAUCGCAGUUGCGCGGCCUGACUAGACCUCCGGGGCUGCGAAGCCCGGGCGAGAGGGAGAAGGAGAAUGCGGCGGGGCGGGGGGAUUGGCCCAGGGGCGUCCAGGCCGCUGUUACCUUUCCUGUUGCUGCUGCUGCUGCGGGAGGCGGCAGGGGAACCUUGCGCCGUUGCCGCGCCUUGCUCUUGCCGGCGAGGUGUGUUGGAUUGCAGCCGCCUCCGCCUGUCCGGCCGGAGCUUAGAACCAGGCCUGCUGCCACCUUUGCCUCGAAGCAUCACCGCGCUAGAUUUGAGUCAUAACGAUUUGUUAUCCUCUAAUUGGAAUAUUGAUUCAUCAGGUCAAAUACUACAAGAAGUGAAGAUGAACCACAAUGAAUUAAGUGGCAUUCCCCACUUUGGUGAACUGACUUCUAAUAUAACACUACUGUCAUUAGUGCAUAAUUCAAUUCAGGAGAUUGUCUCUGAACAGCUGCAGCCUUAUUUUUCCCUGGAGAACCUUGAUCUCAGCUCCAACUUCAUCAUGGAAAUAAAAGUUUCUUCAUUCCCACGUAUGCAGCUGAAAUACCUGAAUAUGAGCAACAAUAGAAUAACUACUCUGGAAGCGGGCUGUUUUGAUAACCUGUCCAACUCCCUAAUAGUUGUAAAACUGAACAGAAACAAAAUAAGUGUGAUUCCACCAAAGACUUUCAGGCUACCUCAUGUGCAGUUCUUGGAACUUAAAAGAAACAGAAUUAAGGUAAUAGAAAGCCUUACCUUCCAAGGCUUGGACUCAUUGAAAUCAUUAAAAAUGCAACGCAAUGGCAUUAAUAAUCUGAUGGAUGGUGCCUUUUUUGGACUGAAUAAUAUGGAAGAAUUAGAGCUUGAACAGAAUAACCUGACAGAAGUAAAUAAGGGAUGGCUAUAUGGCUUGAAGGCACUGCAAAAGCUUUAUGUCAGUCAGAAUGCCAUUAACAGGAUUGGACCUGAUGCAUGGGAAUUCUGCCAAAGUCUUUCUGAACUAGAUCUGUCAUACAACCAACUGACUCGCCUAGAUGAGUUUGCUUUUAUUGGAGUGAAUGUAUUGGAAAAAUUAAAUUUGAGUGACAACAGACUCAGUUACAUUGCUGAUGGAGUUUUUAAGGGACUCUCAUAUCUACAGACUUUAGAUCUACGGAAUAAUGAGAUCUCCUGGGCCAUAGAAGAUGCAAAUGAAGCAUUUACAGGACUUGAGAGACUCAAUAAGCUGAUUCUUCAAGGAAACCAAAUUAAGUCAAUUACAAAGAAAGCACUUUCUGACCUUCAGGCUCUUGAAUACAUUGAUUUGAACAACAAUGCAAUAGUAUCUAUUCAAGAAGGUGGUUUUUCCCAGCCUCUUCUUAAAGAAUUGUUGUUGAACACUAGCAGCUUACUGUGUGACUGCCAGUUGAAAUGGCUCCCACGCUGGCUUUCCCACAGCCAUUUGCAGGAUACUGUCAGUGUAAUUUGUGCUCACCCUGAAUGGCUGGCUGGACAGAGCAUUCUCAGUGUGAACACUGAAGACUUUGUUUGUGAUGAUUUUCCCAAGCCACAGAUUAGAACACAUCCUGAGACUACAGUUGCGCUUAAAGGAACCAAUGUUACCCUGACUUGCAAGGCAGUGAGCAGCAGUGAUUUGCCUAUAUCUGCUGCCUGGAGAAAGGACAGUGAGAUAUUAUAUGAUGCAGAUAUAGAAAAUUUUGUCAGGUACCAGCAACAAGAUGGCGAAAUCCUGGAAUAUACUUCUACACUGCAUGUUUUCAAUGUGAACUUCACUGAUGAAGGAAAAUACCAGUGCAUCAUCUUCAAUCACUUCGGGUCCAAUUAUUCCAACAAGGCCAAGUUGACCGUCAAUGAGCUGCCUUCUUUUUUGAAAACUCCCAUGGAUUUGACAGUACGUACUAGAGCCAUGGCUAAAUUGGAAUGUGCUGCAGAAGGCCAUCCACCACCCCAGAUAUCCUGGCAAAAAGAUGGCGGCACAGAUUUCCCUGCAGCUCGUGAAAGGCGCAUGCAUGUGAUGCCAGAAGAUGAUGUCUUCUUCAUAGUAAAUGUAAAAAUUGAAGAUAUGGGGAUUUAUAGUUGCAUGGCACAAAAUGUGGCUGGCAGUAUAUCAGCAAAUGUAACAUUGACUGUGUUAGAAACACCUUCAUUUGUUAGGCCCCUGGAAGAUAGGACUGUGGCUCAAGGUGAAACAGCAGUUCUGCAGUGCAUUGCUAGCGGCAGCCCUGCCCCUCGCCUAAACUGGACCAAAGAUGAUGGCCCUCUGACAGUAACAGAACGGCAUUUCUUUGCUGCUGCCAAUCAACUCCUCAUCAUUGUAGAUGCAGGAUUAGAAGAUGCUGGGAAAUAUACUUGCAUUAUGUCCAAUACGCUUGGUACAGUGCGUGGCCAUAUUUAUCUAUAUGUAUUAUCUUCGCCAAACUGUGACUCAUCUCAGAGUGGUAUUGGAAUUGAAGAUGAUGGCUGGACAACAGUUGGGAUUGUGAUCAUUGUUGUGGUCUGCUGUGUGGUAGGCACCUCUCUAGUUUGGGUUAUUGUCAUCUAUCACAUGAGAAGAAAAAAUGAAGAUUAUAGCAUCACUAACACAGAAGAGGUAAAUUUGCCUCCUGAUAUUCCCAGCUACUUAUCUUCUCAAGGGACUCUGUCAGAGCCACAGGAAGGCUAUAGUAAUUCUGAGGCAGGAAGCAAUCAGCAACUUAUGCCUCCCUCCAGUAGUUACAUACACAAAGGCACAGAUGGUGGCACAGGGCCAUUGGUGAUCUGCUCAGAUUGCUAUGACAAUGCCAACAUCUAUUCCAGAAACAGGGAGUAUUGCCCUUAUACAUACAACACUGAAGACGAUCCACUGGAUAAAUCAUUGUCCAGCCUAAUGGUACAGAUGUCUAAAGAGCCUUAUCCUGGGUGCCCCCAGCAUGAAACCACAACUGUGAAUAGCCUUUCAGAUGGCCGAGAUAUGUCUGUGUAUGUUAGCAGUCAAGACAGGCUACAUGAGAGGAAACCAUGUUCUCAAUCCUGCAACAGUGAACUUUUUCAGCAGUCUUUAUGGGGUAUCAAUAAUGAUCUGGGGUUGUUGCAUCCUCGUUUUUCAUCUCCAUCUAAGACCCAUGAGGUACCACAAGUUCUACGAAAUGAAGGCAUCACAGAGAGAGAGCCAGAGCAGAUUAUUUCCCCUAGGCCUCAUCACAGAUUACAUGAAUACAACUUUGAUUUUAACAGGACUCGGGACAUACAAGAACAUCGUGAAGCUACAUAAACAUGAAAUAAGAAACCAUAGCAGCUUGAAGCAUUUGUUAGUAUCUUUGCUACCUCAUAUUUUGAUCCAUUGCAAAAAAAUGUUUCAUGCUUCCAACAGAGGCUUAAUGGCAUAAACCACUGACUACAUGCUGGAGGACAAACCACUUCCUUCUGCUACUGUCCAAUAAGUAGCAUAUAUUAGCUCAGUCUUAAACGGAAUGGUGGGGGAAAAAAAGAAGAUACAACACAGUGGUGGAAGUGUGAUAAAAAGUGUCUCUGUUGUCUUUGAAACAUUCCCAUGAAUGGUUCACAUGCAUUAUCUUUCCUGCUGAAAAAAAUAACUUUAAAAGAGCCUCUUUGCAAGAUUCCUUGGUAUUCAAAAAUAUGAAACUCUUGCUUGACUUCUUUGAUCUUUCUGACAACUAGCAGGAAUUCACCUCACUAUGUCCAAUCACAAACUUUAUUUACUUUUUUCUCACUCUGAAGUAUUCAGGUGUAAAUAUAUACACAUAAUAUAAAUAUUUUGUAUACACUAAUAGACAUGUCAGGCUGAAAUGUAAUUUUUUUUAUUAUGCCAAAUAUUGUUUACUGUCAUAUCAUUCUGACUUCUACUGACCUGUUUUUCCAGAAACCAGAAAUUUAUGUUUACUAAGAAUAAUGCAAAUUGAUUGGUUCGUAAAUAAUUUUUUGCACUCAGUGAUUGGAGUCACCAAAUGCUGUGCCAUUCACUGGAGAUUUCCAUUCUUUAAUGGCUCUUCCCACUUUCUAGUCUCAUGUGUGGGCAGUAAUUAAUGGAAGGAAGAUUGUGCAUAAGGAGAAUUUUGUGUGAAUCUGCCCAGGGAUGUUGAAGCAUGGUGAGAUGUGUGUGAAGUGAAGGGUGAUUAAAAUCUAAGCUAUAAGUUGACCUAUUAUUGGAAAUCUGAACUAUUAAUGUGAAGUCGGUUUUUAAAUUUCAUGGAUGCUGAAAUGAUGGCAUUUUUUCAAGCUUAGAAAGGCUAAACUGAUUACCUCUGUUCACACACGUGGCUGAGAAAUUAAGCAAUGAGUGUGCAAGAUGUGAAGAAUUAAAUGAGUUGAACAUCAGUGGUCAGUCAUCGAAGAACCCUUGGCCUUUCCAUUUGACACAACAGGACUGGGAAGGAAUUUGACACAUUUCCUGGUAAGCUUUUGUACCCCAAAAUGAAAUAUUAUACACCACCAUAAUUAUGAUUUAACAGUGGAACAGCUAGGAAAGGAAGAUUAUCUCAGAAUAACAAAGAAAGGGUGUAGACCCUCAAUAGUAUCCUGUCUUUAUUAUUCUGAGAUAAUCUUUUUGCUAAUCUUUCCUGCUAUAAUAAUUUAGAGUUCUGGAUUGCAGCUUGAAGACAUCUCAUAUACUUUGUGUAUUAGCUAUGGCCAAGCACUUGCUAUAUUCAGAUAAAAUGUAGGAAAAAUGGUAACUGUCAAUGUAAUUCCAUACAUAUCUACUCAGAUUUAAAUCCCAUUAAGUGCAAUAGACUUACUGUCAGGUAAGUGACUAUAGGAUUGUAGUCUAAUUUGUAAAUUAGCCACAGUCUGAGUUUCAUGUAGCAAAAAAGCUUACUAAUCUUUCCUCAACAGUUCAGUAAAAGGUACCCUGUGAACUAUUUGGUGUGCUUCUGUAAUAAAAUACUGGUAUGAAAGAUUAUUGGGGCAGAUAUAUUUCAUUUGCCUCCAGCAUUGCUGUCUUCUAGAAAAAGCUGAAGACUGUGCAUUAAGCUCAUGAGUAAAAUUUAACUGGAAAAGGCCGCUUUUUACUAGUUGGAAUUGUAGUGUUUUUGUUAAGACUCUUCUUACAUAAAGCCAGAAUUUCUGGUUGGAAGCAGUAAAAUUCCUGUGUUUUGUUUUGUAAUUGAAGACUCCCAGUGGGCUUGUCCCACUUACAAAGAGUAGCCGGCCAGGUACCUAAGCUAUGAAAGAGUGAACUCAUUAAGUAGCAGUUGCUUGCUGUUUUUGUAGUGGAAAGUGCCAACUUGCAUAUUGCUUAUUCCUCCGUAAUAUUGGUGUCCCAAAUCUUACAGGGUUCUCUGUCUGAGGUCUGCAGCAGGGCUGAACAUACAAAAAGUCACGGCAGACUGUUGUCAGCAACUAGACAAAGCUCAGCUUUCUAAGGCACAAAAUAACAAUCUUUUAUCCGAGAUGCUUGCUUCAAAGUACUGAACACAAAGAAUUAGCUUUCGAUUAAUCUUGCUUGCAGCUACUCUUUUACUGCUUGCUGCCUUAUUGUCUGUGAGAACCAUACCUGAACUUUAGCAGUAAAAAUGAAGAUAUUGAAUGUACAGAAUGGCCAGAAAGGUGAUGAAAUGCAUAAGCAUUCUGUUAACCAGAUUAACAGGCACUUUACUUUCAUUUUAGGUGUCAGGGGUUUUAGAAUUAUAUAAGAGAAAGUGCCAGUUAAACAACCUUUGGUGAAAUAUAGGUACUCUGAGAAGGAUGAGAAUCAGGCUGCACUAAAAUGGCUCUGCUUUGAGCAAAAGCUGCUUUCAGUAAUCUAAAUAAAAACUAUAUCACAAGGUUGAUGUGUGUUAAAACAACUCAGCAACAAAAAGUUUGUCUGCAUUGUUCUUGUCACUGAUCUUGCUUCUUCAUUAGGGUGCACACAUCCCAGAUUGUUAAAGCAUUCCCCUUUUACCUAAUGUAAAGUUAUUGUAGUAUAGUAGCACUUGAGAUUGUUUUCCUUCACUGAGUUAUAAGAACUGAGGUUAUGGGAAGUUGAGACAGCUUGUGGAAAACCUCUUACACCAAAGCUGGAAAAGCAUCUAAGAGCAGAACUUCAUUCCAUCCGUGUAUAUACUCCCUGUCAGGUUGUAAAUGACACAUUGCAUAUCUCAUAAAGUUUUACUAUUCACACUGGAAAUUCAAAAGCAUUGCUGCAAGGAGACAAAUUUGGUAAAUCUGAACUUCCUUGUUAGAUACAUGUCCCCGUUUAGCGACCAAAUUUGGGACCGGCAACUGUCAUUAAGCAAAGUGGUCACUAAGUGAAACUUUAUAUAAUUUUACUUCAGCUUUCCUUUGCUUUACAGACCUGCAAAGCUCGCAAGUGCGAGGAUUGGUGGUAAAGUUACUUUUUCAUCACCACUGUAACUGCGAACAGUGGCUAAAUGAGGCAGUUGCUAAACGAGGACUACCUUUAUAUCUUUAUAUAAAACAAUUCAGACUGCUUUGGAGCUAGGAUGGGGUUCAGCAAUUGGGCCAGAACUCUGGAAUGAAUAAAGUAUUGAGGAUAUUUAUGAGCACAAGGAUGUCUAAAGGAGUAAACUGUAGAGCAAAGAAUUUAAACGUAGCUUCUCUAAGAUACAUUUUGGGAAAAUGACUCUUAGCAGGCAAAUACUUUCUCCUGAAAACAAAAUCUAUAAGGGAUUGUGUUUGGGAUUAGAGCGUAGGCAAUUUUCAAACAUGUUUUUUUAAAAAGAUAUUUUUUUGCAGUUUGCAGGGAGGAAAAUUACUGAUACUUUUUUGCCAAUGCCAAAGUAAUUAUAGCUGUAAAUAUCCAGGGCAGUGCAAACCAAUGUUUUCUUUGUUACAGCUUUCCUUGUAACUAUUUAUAUUUUCUCACAUAUCAGAAUGUAUAUUUUGUACAGCAUGUGUAAUAUGUUUGUCUGUUGUAAUAUACCUUAUCCAAUAAAGGAAUACACAAUU